UGAUGAUGAUGAUGAUGAUGAUGAGAGUGUUUCGGCAUCGAAUUGUGGAGUGAAGAGAGAGUAUACGUCGGAGGAGAAAGAGGAGGAGGCGGCAGCAAUUGGGUAUAAAGUGAUUGGCCCUCUAGAGCGCUCCGACAGGGUUUUCAAGCCCUACGAGCUGGUUUUCGCUGUUGUUCAGAUUGGUUCACACCAAUUUAAGGUGAGCAAUGGGGACUGCAUUUACACUGAGAGAUUGAAGUUCUGUGAAGUGAACAACAAGCUGAUUUUAAACAAGGUUCUCAUGCUAGGUUCACAGAGUCAGACCAUCAUUGGCAGGCCCAUAUUGCCUGAUGCUGCAGUUCAUGCAGUUGUUGAGGAGCAUGCCUUAGAUGCCAAAGUAAUUAUAUUCAAGAAAAAGAGAAGGAAGAACUAUCGCCGAACCAAAGGGCAUCGGCAGGAACUAACGAAGCUGAGGAUAACUGAUAUUCGAGGACUUGAAAAGCCAGAAAUGACGGUAGCUGGUAAGAUGGAAAAGGUAUCUGUUAAGAAGCUAGAAAAGGUAGCUGUUGCUGCUUAGGAGAGGAUUUUUUUACCCAUUAGCAAUAGUUUCUCUCAGGGUUUUAAAAAUCGGCAGUUGCGUAUCAGGAUUUUGGAGUUCUGUUACUGAUAUAUGUCCGUAUCACUAAUACCGAUACAUCUCGAUACCGGUAUUUAAAACCAUGGUUUCUAUAUAUUACUAGAACUUCAAGUUUUUUACUUAGAGGCUCUUUAAAUGACUAUGCUCCCCUUCCAGUUUUGCCAAUGUCUAUUUUAAUAUGUAAUAUAUAUUAGGCAAAUAUUUCUCAAUUCUGUUGUAGGGUUGAAUAAAUUGAAUGAUACUUGUUUGUAUUUCGUUGUGCAAAUGCGCAAUUCAUGGAACUUUGAGCAUUGGUUUUUCCCCCCUGCUGAAAUAGAAUAAUGUUUUAGUUUUACAGCA